ACCAGCAUAUACCGGAAGUCCUAUAUAUACUGCGGAGUAGACGUUAGCUGUAUGUUCUCGGUUAGCGUCAGUAACUUUGACUUGGUUUUAAAGAUUAAUGUAACUAGUCAGUGGGGUUAAAGACAAAGAAAGAGACAACAUAUUCUACAAAUAUGCGUUGGUUUGAAGGCUCCAUUCCUGCUGCCAUUGCCUCCGCCAAACAACAGAGUUUGGUGUUUGUCGUUGUGAUCACAGGCGAAGAUGAGCAGUCCGCGCAGUUGCAAUCGAGCUGGGAGGAAGACAAAGUGUCAGAAGCGGCACAUAAUUGCUGUGUGGCAAUAAAAGUGGAUGCAAAGAGUGAGACAUGCACACAAUUCUCCCAGAUCUACCCUGUGGUGUGCGUACCAUCAAGCUUCUUCAUCGGGGAGAACGGGAUUCCUCUGGAGGUCGUCGCUGGCAGUGUGUCCGCAGAGGAUCUCCUCAAGAGGAUUACCAAAGUCCAACAGAUGCACCUUGAGCAGAUUAGCAGCGGUGGAGCGGCAAUGCCAGUGGUUCCCAUGGAGACCACAAUGUCCGCCUGCGUAGUGCCAGAACCCAUCCUGGCACCUGCAGCAGCAGAAGACCCUGCUGCUUCUCCUCCAGAGGCUGGAAGGAGCACACCCCUGCCAUCUAAUGCCACAGCCGCAGGCCCUUCAGAAGAACCUCUCUCAAGGCAAGCGGGAGGAGCCGGCUCCCAUUCGGAGGCGGCCACCCCCGGGGAGGAGAAGAGUUCAUCGUCAGACGAGGCCGCGCACAGCUCUCAGCCCCAGGAGAACCUCGACACAAAGGUGGACAGGUUGACAAAGAAACUGGAGGACAGACGAGAGCAGAAAAAGAAGGGAGAGGAAGAGGAGGAGGUCCGUAGGGAGAUGGAGCGGAGGAAGCAGGGCAAGGAGAUGCUGGACUUCAAGAAGCAGCAGGAGGACGACAAGACCCGCCGCAUCAUGGACGAGAGGAACAGGGAGAAGGCGGAGGAGAAGGCCGCCAGGGACCGCGUGAAGCAGCAGAUCGCCUUGGACCGGGCAGACAGAGCGGCCCGCUACGCCAAGAACCAGGAGGAGGUGGAGGCCGCCAGGCAGGCGGCGCUGCAGGCCAGGCAGGUGGAGCAGGAGGCGAAGAAGGAUGCUGCAGUCCGGGAGCGGAGUGCCAUAGCGAGGAUACAGUUCCGUCUGCCGGACGGCUCCUUCUUCACCAAUCAGUUUCCUGCAGAGAGCCUGCUGCUAGACGCCCGGGAGUUUGCGGUCCAGGAGACGGGCCAUCGCUACGGUAACUUCUCCAUGGCGACCAUGUUCCCACGCCGCGAGUUCACCAGCGAGGACCUCAACAAGAGCCUGCUGGAGCUGGAGCUGGCCCCCAGUGCCUCUGUAGUGCUGCUCCCACAGUCGAGCAGGGCGUCCAACAUGGUGCGCCAGGCCCAAGGAGGCGGCUUCUGGGCCAUCCUGGAACACAUCCUCUCCCCACUGCUGGCAGUCUGGAGGUACAUCAGCGGCCUCAUCGCCCCAAGCCCACCGCCUCCGGCCGGGGAGGCCACCGGCAGUGGGCCCGCCCAGCCUGGUGCCUCCGGGGGCCAACCAAACAGAGAAACCCUUCGCAAGCGCACACAUGAGAAGCGGCAAGAGGAGUUCAAGAAAGACGGCAAAAUCUACAGACUACGGACACAGGAGGACAGCGAGGACGACACAAACACCUGGAACGGCAACUCCACCCAGCAGAUGUAGUGCCCCCCGCAGCUGCUUCUCCCUCUCUACCUGUCUCUUAUCCCCCCCCCCGUCCUCUCUGUAUUCCUGUAUCCCCCCCCCCCCCCCCCCCCCCCCAAGUAACGAGGCGUGGGAGGUCUGUCAAGUGCGCGACUGACUUUUUAAUGCAUUCUGCUGAAUUCUAGGGCUAUGUUUAUGCAGGUUUUGGCCGUUAUGCUCUUUCCUGUUCAUGACUGCUCCCGCUUGUCGCCUGCAUGGGUAGAUAAUAAUCUAGCUAGAUCUCCUUUGGGCUUGGGGUGUGUGUCUGCCUGUAUGAGUGAGCGAGUUAUGGUGCGAGACAGCGGGGGUCUUAUUAUAUAAUAACGGUGUGAGUUUCUGGAGGUCUUCAGUGGCCAGUAACUCGUAAAGAAGUUUGCAGCAGAAGGAAGAGUGAUGUGUGUUAUUUAAUAUAGCAGUAACCCUCAGAUGUAUAAAAUGCUCUAAAUUAAACUGUGCGUGAGGGGUUCUGAAUGCGUUGUCUCUAGCUGUUGGUUUUCUACCACAAAUUUUGCCGGACAUCAUGGUGCACUACGGGCGGGAAACGUUUCUACAAAUUAAAAAACGAUGGACGACCACUGUAUGGCUCUGAUUUAGCCCCGAGGAAAACAAAGUGCCCUGUUUUUUCAAUGAACUCUUGAGUCAUGUCGUUCUUUUAAGAUGCAUACGCACAGCUUAUUUCUCCAUAUCCAAGAUGCAGGAAGAAAGAAAAUCAAUACAAAUAAUCUUGAAAGGAAUCAAUUCAAAAUACAUGAAUCAAAGAAUGAACUAUGCCUUUAAAAUGCAUGUAUCUAAACACAGCAUUACCUGGAUGUUUUGCCUCAAAUCGUAGAUUCUUUAGAUUUUAAUCAUAGCAGUUGUAUUGUAUUUUUCAAGAUAUGUUCCUGUUGAUUUAAAUUGGUUCACUUUCUGUAUAUCCUAAUGUAAUGUUGCAAUUUAAAUGCCUCAUUAAGUUAGAUCACAAAACUAAACAUGAAAGCAAGAGCAUUUAUUGGUUUCAGCUAAAAUAUUAAAUUUUUGGCAGAAUUGCUGAGUUUGCAAA